AUGAAGAUUGAGUCGAUUUUAAAUCAGUUCAGCGACCUAGACACGGAAGCGAGAGAUAGUCGGGAAAGCCCACAACCUUUCAAUGAGCAGAGGGAACAAAGAGGCCCAUCAUUUUCACUGCCGACUCCGUCACCCGACUCCGCUCAGUCCAGGACACCUAGUGUGCGAUCCGAUAGUCGAACUCGUACGCCUUGGGAUGCUGGUGGCUAUUCUCUGCCGAGGGAUACUGGCCCAAAGAACUCCUCACGACCUCCUUUCGCGCCGGUGACUUGGGAGGAGCAGCAAAAAUCUGUGAGACGGCAGAAUGUAUCCAAUUACCACUCCAGACAAGUAUCAAUGGAUACACCAGCCAGCAUAAAUCUCCCCGGUUCCACAGGAUCAUAUGCGUUACCAGUCCGCCACAACGAGCGCCGUGCUUCUCAGCACAUAAGAAGAUUCUCAUCGGUAUCUACCAUCAACGGGAGCAAUGUCAUAGGCUCUGGCAUCGCUGACUUGGAAGCGAAACUGGAACGCCUUCCGAGGAUAACAGCGCCUCUCCAUCCAGUAACAGUCGGUUUAUCUGUGAAGUCGGACAUCCGUCAGCCUACCAAUGGUGUUGGAUCGUUGUACUCGGGUAGUCCAUCUGACGCGAUUCUAGAGGCGAGGAUGAUGAGAAGAAAGCAUAACCACUUAUCAGAAGAUCAAACGAAUAUACUGACUCCAUUCCUUUUGUUCAGCUAUUUGAAGCCAAAAGAUCACUUUCUGAAUUCGUUAGAUCGCGUUCAUAAGCGAACCAUCUCGGCACCAAACCCCGCCCAGGGCUCUGGUCAUUCUUUUCCUCAAGCACCAACUUCUCUGCCACGCCUUACGUCCCGGCACCUCGAUCUUCCAACACAACUGUCACCACAGAUCAACACAACUCAAGAGCGUCUUGUUAUUGAGAAGUAUCCCUGGAUCAAUACGGGAGAGAGCUCCCCUGCCCCUAGUAGCACAUCAACAAAAUCGCCCUUUGAACCCCAGGAGACUGCGAGGAUGCAGUCCGACGGGACUCUCUCAGGUGCAACUGGGCAGACAGCGUCCUAUGCCAACCCAAAUGACCGUGUUAUUGCGGCAUGCCGUACCCUUGGAAAUGUAGCUGUCAACAGUCCCCUCCAGGGUGGUGAUAUUUGCAUGGCAGUCCCUAACUGUACCACUGAGUCAGUUCCUCGCAAGGUCAUCUCUCAUCUCUUUGGUCGUAACAAGGUCUGCACUCGUCGCAUCCCGGAGCGUGUCUGGGUUUGCAUGUGUCGCAAGCACUACCAGAGGAUUCGCUACCGAACUGGUGCUGAAUUCAGCUCGACUCAAAUCGAAAUGGUGUACGAGCAGAUCGUCCGAAUGAUAUUCUGGAGCCGAGGAUUGGAGAAUGUCAACAGAACUAAUCAGGAGGGCAUCACCAUCCGGUCCUGGACAUUCUCGAUUCGAAGGCGUGAGGUUAAGCGCCUGGCGGAUACGAACAGUCGAGAUCUCAUCCCUCGCUGGAUCACGCAGAGCCUUGGUGAAGGCAAGACGCACGACGAGAUCCUCGAUGUUGUCGAACGUCUUCGCCAGGAGAUUCAACACGGGGGCCUCAAGGAAGUCCCUCCUGUCGAGUUCCUCCCAGAGGUUGCCGAUGCUUUCGCAAACCCGCCUGCUCAAGUCCAGGGCCACGACACAUCGGCCAGCAGCCAAUCCGGCCGUUCGCUGAUGGCUGGGGAGGCAGUUCCAUCCCCCCUCUCAUUCGUCAAGGAAUCUUCGCCCCUCGAACCGGUACAAGAAGAGGGAUCUAUGAGCGAGCAUAGUAGCCAGCAAUCAUCUUCGUCGCCCACGCCUCCCGCUGUUUACAACGGAUCUCGACCUGUUCAUCACUCCAGAUCGUAUACCGACGAUAUGUCCAACCGGACUGCCCCCUACGCAUUCGGUUCUCGGUCUCCUCUAGCGAACUCUGGCACCGGGCCAGGCACUGAUCGACAACCCAGUCUUGGGUACUAUGACAGUCAGAACCCAACAACACCUUCAAUGAGCUAUUCCAGUAUUAAUCGUCAGAUGCAGGCGCCAAUGACCGAUCACCGAGGUUCCUGCGAUAACGCUCCUUACUACCAACAGACUUAUAGCGGCGAUCACCACUAUGACCCAAAUGGAUUCGUACUGACUGAUAGAAACCCCUCGACCCAUACCGCUGCUAUGUCAAUGGUGGCCAGAGCGGACCGGAUGUACAGCACCGCAGGUCAUGCUGCUCAAGACAGCCGAGACAACCACCACUUCCUUGCGUCGACAGUCAAUUCUCAACUCACGCUCGCCCCCCUCAAUUAUCCCCCCUACGGGAUUGUUCCUUUUCAAGCUCAAGGAGCUGUUUACUCGUAUCAAGUUCCAACAGAACGUCAUUCUCAGCUUAAAAUGAGCGGCGUAGACACCUCGCUGCAUACCUCGAUGGCAGACGAGCGCCCGUACUCUGAUGCUCCGCGUCCACAAACCCACCAGCCCUACUGGUUUUCUGCCGAGACGGGGUCGAACACCAGGAUCGGCCGCUCUACGAACCAAUACCAGCAGCACACAUUGGCUUCCGUUGACCAAACUAGCCUCCGUUCCUCGCGCCAGUGCCCCAAAGAAGAAAUUCCAGAGUAUGGCGGUGCUGAUCUGGUCACUGAUGAAGGUGUUCCGAUCACGCACCCAGCCGUGGCCUCCCGUUCAAGAUACCAACACGGCUAUGCAUCCAUGACUAAGUUCGACGACACUCUCGCUCGAGGCAAUUACCAGGCCUAUCAGCACAACCUUUCAACCAACGGAGUUGAAGAGAACUUCCACAGUGAUCGAGCUUCAGACAGCAAUCACCAGUAA